AUGGACAAAAUCACCGACCGCAUCGCCGCUCUGCCGGCUGAUGGCACAUAUUUCUCCCUCGAAUUCUUCCCUCCCAAGACAGCAAUGGGUUUCUCCAACCUACGAGACCGUCUUCACAGAAUGGAGCGAGCUCUUCGACCACUCUUUGUCAACGUCACUUGGGGCGCUGGUGGAAGCACAUCCCAGAAAUCACUUGAGUUGGCCGAGUUGUGCCAGAGAGAGGUUGGACUUACAACUUGUCUGCACUUGACGUGUACCAACAUGAGUAAGAAGUUGAUUGACGAAGCGCUUGCCGAUGCAAAGGCAUUGGGAAUCAGGAAUAUCUUGGCCCUGCGAGGUGACCCUCCUCGAAGGGAGGAGUAUCGCGAUGCGGAGGACUCGGAGGACGAUGGUGGACAGGACUUCAACUGGGCUAUUGACUUGGUCAAAUACAUCCGCAAGACCCAUGGCGACUAUUUCUGCAUUGGUGUUGCAGCAUACCCAGAGGGACACGCUGAGGAGAGCCAUCCCCUCGGACAAAGCGUGGAGCACGAUCUUCCUUACCUCGUCCAGAAGGUGCAGGCUGGCGCAGACUUUAUCCAGACUCAGCUAUUUUUUGAUAUCGAGGCGUACGAGCACUUCGAGAACACUCUACGAGAACACCCGAGCGGCGCCUUCAAGGGCAUCCCCAUCAUUCCCGGAUUGAUGCCUAUCCAGAGCUUCCAAAUGAUAAAGCGCACAACCAAACUGAGCCACGCCAAAAUCCCCGACCAUCUUCUUGAACGCCUCAAUGCCGUGAAGGGCGAUGACGAGCGUGUAAAGAUGGUUGGUGUGGAUAUUGUCAGUGAGUUGAUAGACAAGGUCAAGGACAUCAAGAGCAAGACGCCAGGUCCAAAGGGCUUCCACUUUUACACACUCAACCUGGAGAAGGCUGUAUCCUUCAUUCUGGAGCGAGCAAACCUUAUUCCCGACCCCCCUGAGAAUGAAGAAGCCGUCUCAGUUGACGAACUCGCCAUUCCUGCACUACAGAUCAAUGGCAGCACCAACAUGCGAUCCAGCAGCCACUCCCGCUCUCGACAAUCGAGAUCUAGAAGACACUCUUCUGUCGUUUCUGACCCUCACAAUUAUGUCAUCGUUGGUGAUAGACCAGCGAUACAUCCCGAGUGGGAGGCUACCAGUCAGGAAGCCGGCGGCCGUGCCGAAGCCAUCAACACCCGUGCUAACACGCUGGCUAUAUCGGAGGGCGAAGGCGCUUUGGGCCGUGAGGCGACAUGGGAUGACUUCCCUAACGGUCGUUUUGGUGAUGCCCGCUCGCCUGCCUAUGGUGAGAUUGACGGAUACGGUGUAAGCCUCCACAUGUCCGUUACACAGGCCGUCAGACUUUGGGGUCACCCCAAGACACGGCAAGACAUCAACGAUCUAUUCGUCAAGCACAUCCAAGGAGAGCUUUCGGCCAUCCCAUGGAGUGAGGAGGAGCUCCUGGCCGAAAGUUCCACCAUUAAGCCUCAUCUCUUGCAGCUCAACAGCAAAGGAUGGUGGACUGUCGCCUCGCAGCCCGCUGUCAACGGCCUGCGCUCCGCCGACGGCACUUUCGGCUGGGGCCCGCCCAACGGCUUCGUCUUCCAGAAGUCGUUUGUAGAGUUCUUCAUUCCCGAGAGUGAAUGGAACACUCUCAAGGCCAAGCUGGUAUCGUCGGAGCUACAGGGCUAUGUGUGCUUCUACGCCAGCAACGCGCGCGGCGACUAUGUCACGUCAGACAGCAGCGAUCACGUGGACGGCUCGGCGGAGUCCAGCCCGAGCACAAACGCUGUGACAUGGGGUGUGUUCCCGGGCAAGGAGAUCAUUACGCCGACUAUUAUCGAGGAGGUUAGUUUCCGAGCUUGGUGCGAGGAGGCGUUUGGUAUCUGGGGUGAGUGGGCCAAGGUGUACGGACGGGGAUCUGAGAGCGAGAAGCUCCUCAGCGGCAUAAAGGACGAGUACUGGCUGGUUAAUCUGAUUCAUCACGACUUUGUGGAAAAGGAUGCUUUGUGGCAGGUUUUGUUAAGUUAA